UUACCGCUCAUCUCUCCUAGUUUAUCACGGAAGAGGCGCGAGAUAUUUUUUCUUACUGAUAGAAGUGUGUAUGUAUAAUGCAUAUCUCAAGUAUGCACAAUAACAGAUGUAUGAGAUACUCAUAAAUCAUAUAUAACAUAACCGGUUAUUAUCUUAUAAAGUAAACAUUUUGUGCAAAAUCACUGCAAUCUUGCACAAUUUCAUCUUUAACAAUAUAUAUUCUUCCACGAAUACUCUUUAACAUCAGACGUGAAAAAAAGUUUUUAACAUGCCAAAACAAGUACAUAUUUUGCAUGGGGAAGGAGAAUUGGUUCCAGAACUUGACUUCUCUGUGGGACAAUUAUUAUUAAGACAAUUGAUGGUACAUGAUACUCGUGUGGCAAAUAUAGAUGCACACACAGGCAAGGAACAAACAUUCAAAUAUAUUUUAGAUACUAGUCGAAAAUUAGCUAUCUACCUUCAGAAGGAAGGGGUGACUGUGAACGAUGCUGUAGCUAUAUGCAGUGAAAACAAUCUAGAAUUUUGUAUUCCGGUGUGUGCCACAUUUUAUAUUGGUGCCAUUGUCUGUCCAUUAAACCCAUCAUAUUCCGAAGGAGAAUUAAUACAUGCGCUUACCAUUUCGAAGCCAAAGUAUAUUUUUGUUUCUGCAAUAGCACUUAAUAAUUUGAAAAAUAUAUUCAAAGAGUUGCAUUGGUCACCGAGAGUAUUACUGCUAAAUGAUUAUGGUAAUAUUGAUGUAUCAUGGAUAAGCAUGAAUAAAGUAAUAUCAAGUAUCUCUGAUGACAACAUGGAUAACUUUGAAGCUGUUCCUGUUGAUGUAAAUAAUCAUGUAACAGCAAUUUUAUGCUCAAGUGGAACUACAGGAUUAGCAAAAGGUGUUAUGUGGACAGAUAAGAAUAUUAAUACAAUCAUACGUAUGUUCAUAAGCAGCCCAUAUGUUGCAACUACUAUGUCUUUGGCCUUACUUCCAUUUUUCCACUCGUAUUCGUUUACCGUGUUGGUGAUCAGACUGAUAGGUGGAGGUAGUGGUGUAAUACUUUCACGCUUUGAAGAAGAAUUAUUUUUACAAUUAAUAGAAAAAUACAAAAUUGAAUAUUUAACUAUAGUACCACCAAUUAUGGUAUUCCUGGCCAAACAUCCACUUGUGGACAAAUAUGAUUUAUCUUCUGUUAAAAGAAUAUGGUGUGGAGCAGCUCCAUUAUCAGAGAAAGUUCAGAAAGCUGUCUCCAAGCGAUUAAAUAUAUCUGAAAUUAAACAGGGUUACGGUUUAACAGAAACUACUUUAGCUGUACUACGAUUUCCAGAAAAUGCAGCAGUAAAAUUUGGUAGUGUCGGUGUAUUAGCUGCAGGUGUAUCAGCAAAGGUAAUACCAUUUGGAGAAUAUGAGACGGAUAAAACUUUAGGACCAAAUUGCGAAGGAGAGCUAUGUUUUAAGGGAGACCAAAUAAUGAAAGGCUACUAUAAUGACGAAAAAUCCACUAGAGCGACAAUUGAUAAGGAUGGUUGGUUGCACACAGGAGACGUAGGAUAUUAUGACGAAGAUGGAUAUUUUUAUAUCGUCGAUCGUAUAAAGGAACUUAUCAAAUAUAAAGGCUUUCAAGUUCCACCAGCUGAGCUUGAAGCGAUUUUAUUGACUUAUCCUGGCAUAAAAGACGCGGCCGUAAUAGGCAUUCCGAAUGAAGAAACUGGGGAAUUACCAAUGGCCUUUGUUGUGAAACAAAACGGUGUCAAUGUACGCGAAAAAGAUAUAAUCCAAUAUGUAAAUGAACGUGUAUCAAAUCCUAAGCGACUUAGGGGUGGUGUAAAAUUUGUGGAUAAUAUUCCAAAAACUUCAACUGGUAAAAUAUUACGUCGAGAAUUGCGUACGUUAAAAUCAAAAUUAUAAACUUCUUAAAUUAUUUUUAUGAAGAUUAUAUUAACAAAAAUAUAAUCUUCCUUCUUAAUAUAUACUACUUUCUUCCUUAUAACGAGCAACUAUGGUGUAAGAUAAUUUACUCUUAUUUAUUACAAACUAUUUAAAUCACACAAUGUAAAAAUGAUACUGUAUAUAAUAUUCGGUGAAAUUUUAGAGAUUAUUAUGUAUUUUUUACAAGUUA